AUGGCUCAAGAUAAUGCUGCAUGCAACCAUGCAAGUGCUGUCACUGGCAACAAAGGUGGUGAUACUAACAAAAAUGCAGGUGCUGCAAAGAAAGUGGAGGAGGUGCAGCCACAUGCUGUGCAUGAACAAUUGCCUGGAGUUCAAUAUUGCAUCAAGAGUCCUCCUCCAUGGCGUGAAGCAGUGCUAUUGGGGUUUCAGCAUUUCCUUCUGACUCUUGGAGUUACCGUUCUGAUUCCAACUAUGCUUGUUCCUCAAAUGGGUGGAGGAGUUGCUGAGAAGACACGAGUGUUUCAGACACUUUUGUUUGUUUCUGGAAUAAGCACAUUUCUUCAAUCCUUGUUUGGAACUCGACUUCCAAUUGUAGUUGUUGGUUCAUACACUUACAUAGUACCUAUAACAUCUAUUAUCCAUGCCAGAAGAUACAAUUCAUACACGGAUUCUUACGAGAGGUUUAUUCAGACAAUCAGAGCUAUUCAAGGUGCCUUGAUCAUAACUGCAUGUUUCCAGAUGGCUGUUGGAUUUUUUGGCUUUUGGAGGAACGCUGUCAGGUUUCUCAGUCCACUCAGUGUAGUCCCUUAUAUAACUUUCACAGGACUCAGCCUCUAUCGUUUUGGUUUCCCACUGGUGACAGAAUGUGUUGAAAUUGGGCUUCCAACAUUAGUUGUAUUUGUUUUCAUAUCGCAGUAUCUUAAUCGUUAUAUUGGCAUGAAAAGGCCUAUAUGUGACCGAUAUUCGGUGCUCUUCACUGUUACAAUUGCAUGGUUAUUUGCACUGUUUCUAACUUCAUGCACUGUGUAUAACAACAAGUCAGAAAGUACACAGAAUAAUUGCCGCACUGAUCGUGCUGGACUUAUUACAGCCGCUCCAUGGGUGUAUUUUCCGGGCUUCUUCCAAUGGGGGCCUCCUACAUUCAAUGCUGGGGAGGCUUUAGCAAUGAUCGCUGCUUCCUUCGUUUCUUUUUUUGAGUAUACCGGUACAUGCUAUGCUGCAGCAAGAUAUGGAAGUGCCACACCAGUGCCACCAUCUGUUAUCAGCCGUGGAGCUGGUUGGGUGGGAGUAAGUGCUAUGCUGAGUGGCGUGUUUGGUUCUAUAACAGGGUCUACGGCAUCAGUAGAAAAUGCUGGUUUGUUAGCGUUGACAAAAGCAGGAAGCAGAAGAGUGGUUCAAAUAUCAUCUGCUUUUAUGAUUUUCUUCUCUAUAUUCGGAAAAUUGGGAGCCUUUUUUGCUUCAGUACCCAUGCCAAUUAUAGCAGCAUUAUACUGUGUGUUAUUCGGCUACGUUUCUUCGGGGGGGCUUGGUUUUCUGCAAUUCUGUAACCUGAACAAUUUCAGAACGAAAUUUGUGUUGGGAUUGUCGUUCUUCCUAGGGCUAUCCAUACCACAAUAUUUCAGAGAAUACUAUGAGGUGAAGGAGCACGGUGGAAUUCCCUUAUGGUUGAAUGAUGUUGUGAGUGUGAUAUUGAUGUCCCACACAACAGUUGCAGCUUUGGUUGGUUUCGUUUUGGAUGUCACACUGUCUCGUGAGGAUGAUUGUGCACGUAAAGACAUCAGUUUACAGUGGUGGGAGAGGUUCAGCUUGUACAGCGCAGAUGUUAAGAAUGAUGAGUUCUACUCUUUACCAUGCAGACUUGACAAGCUUUUUCCACCCUCUUAG